AAAACCUCUUCGAUGCACUGUGCACAGUCUUGUCUUCCUUUCAUAUCUGUACUGUCUGGUGUAGCAAUUAAACGUAAAUCGAGUCAUCGACAUCAAAGAUGACGCCAAAUAUUUUAAAUACAGAUUCAAAAAUACUUAUGGAGAAAGAUUUACAAAAUGAGGAAUCUUCAAUUACUACAAAGAUGAUAGAUGCUGAAAAUUACACACAAAACAGAAGCAAAAACUAUACAAAAAUUGAAGGCUGGUUCAAAACGGAACCGAAAUGGUUUAACAUUUUAUAUCUUGGUGUGCUUCAUUUAUACUUUGUAUAUGCCUGUUUUACUUUUGAUUUUUUUGAAAAUCUGAUGACGACUGCUUGGUUAUUUGUCACGUAUGGAUUAGGAGGAGUAGGUACCACUGCCGGUCCUCAUCGUUUGUGGACUCAUCAAGCUUAUAAAGCAAAAUGGCAGCUUAGAGUUAUACUUGGUAUUUGCUAUGCUUCGGCUGGCAUGAACAACAUUUACGAAUGGGUACGAGAUCAUAGAGUGCACCACAAAUAUACAGAUACCGAUGCAGAUCCGCAUAACAGUAACCGAGGGUUCUUUUUUUCUCACGUCGGUUGGUUAAUGGUGAAAAAAAAUCCAGAUGUAAUUCGAAGAGGUCGUCAGGUGGAUAUGAGCGAUGUAUUGGCUGAUCCUGUUGCUGCAUUCAAUAUCAAAUAUUUUCCGAUAUUGAAAUUUAUGUUCGCUUUCCUGCUUCCGGUGAUGUUGCCUGUGUAUGCGUGGAAUGAGACUUGGUAUAGAGCUUUCGUGUCUCAAAAUAUUAUUCGUUAUGUUAUCCUUUUAAAUGCCAUAUGGAGUGUCAACAGUGCAGCUCAUAUUUGGGGUUCAAAGCCAUAUGAUGCGCAUAUAAAUCCGACAGAGAACCAAUGGGUUAACUUGUUUUCGGGCGGUGAAGGACUGCAUAAUUAUCAUCAUGUUUUUCCGUGGGACUAUAAGGCUGCCGAGUUACACGGUUCCCCAACCACAACUUUUAUUAACUUCUUUGCGAAAAUCGGGUGGGCGUAUGAUCUCAAAGAACCGUCGAAGGAGCUCGUAAAAACUGUCAUGAGGAAAAGGGGUGAUGGAAGUCAUUCUUUGUGGGAAGCUGUGCCAUAUCCAGCUAUAAGUAAAAUUGAAUAAUAAAAGUGACAGAGAAAUUAUCUCAUUUUCAUAAUAGAGUUUUUUUCAGUUAACAAGUGGACGCACAGAAAAAAAACUAAGUUUAAGUAAAUAUAUUUAUAAAUUUACAAAUGGCUCACAAAAUACAAAUAUAAAAUAUAAGGAACAUGCAGCCACACGUAGGAUGUUUUUUGCGAAUGAAUAUAUUUAAAAUUUUUAUGUUAACAAAAACAAUUUCAUAAACGUUUCGGCUCACAUUUCGGUUCCCUUUUUCUUUCCAUGAUAGAUAUAAAUUUUGACAUGAUUGAAAGUCAUCAAGUCAGAUAUCACACAACUUUUACAAAUUAAAGCAUUUCCGUCU